UCUCUGCUCUGUAGUUGGUGUUCAGUCUUCCUCACAUUUACACGUUGAUCGAGCGUCGAAGCGGUGAAGAGAAGAAAACAGAGAAGAAAUUCUUUUCUCCUGAGACCAAGGGCAACAUUCUCAUCGCAUCCUUAAUAUUGUGGACACUGAAAGUACAACAAUGUCCCAUGACAAAGAUGGCGGAGAAAUUAAUGGUUUACCUUUGAAAAUGAACAAAUUGGACGAUGAGUUGAACAGACAAUUACUUCGUGACUUCCUGGGAGAGAGAACUGGUUUCCUGCAGGUGGGACCUGAGAAGUACUUUUUCCCACAGAAGUUUGCAGCAGAGGCUCCGCAUCUCUACAAUUUCAAAGUGCGGUCUGAUGACACGUGGGUGGUGACAUUUCCAAGAUCAGGUACAACAUGGACCCAGGAACUGGUUUGGCUAUUAUCAAAUAAUUUGGAUUUCGAGAAAGCAUCAUCCAUACCUCUGGCUGAGAGAUUCCCGUUCUUUGAGUUCAGCGUUUUCAUGCAUGAGGAUGUGAAAAAAGAAUUUUUGAAAGAAAAUGAAGGUAAUGACGAAAAGCAGAAAAAGAUAGAAGAGAUAAGUCGACCUGUGUAUGAGAUUCUCAACUCUUUAGAGGGGCCAAGAUUCAUCAAAACUCAUUUGCCCUUCAGUCUUCUUCCACCCAAUCUACUAGAUUCUGGAUGCAAGGUAAUUUAUGUAGCAAGGAAUCCUAAAGAUGUUGCUGUUUCAUUUUAUCAUCUAAACAGGCUAUUCAAAACACAAGGAUUCAUUGGUGAUUUCGCCAAAUACUGGGACUACUUUGAAAGAAAUCUGAGUGCCUGGGCUCCAUACUGGUCACACGUUCUAGAGGGCUGGAAUAGAAGAAAUCAUCCAAAUGUUCUUUUCUUGUUCUACGAACAAAUGAAUACGGCGCUCAGAGAAAUUAUUGAUAAAGUUUCGAAUUUCCUAGAAAAACCUGUAACUGAAGAACAAACUGAGCAACUGAUGAACUACCUUGAUAUAAGAAACUUCAAGAACAACCCAGCUGUGAAUUUCGAUUUCUUGAAGGAAGUUGGAAUAUUAAAUUCAGGAGAGCAAGGAUUUGUUAGAAAAGGAAAGAAUAACGGAUGGUCAGAAGAGUUCACCCCUGAUCUGAUAGAGAGGGCUGACAAAUGGAUCAAAGAUAAUUUGGAGAGGACAGAUCUAAGGUUUCCGGGUAUGCAGUCAUCCUAGUAUACAUGAGUAAAUGAGCUAGAAAAGACAUCACUUUAUAUAUUUUAAACCCAAGAAAAAUGAGAAAUGAAAUAGAUCAAUUAAUAAGGAGUAAGCCUGGAUGUUCUUCAAAAAAAGAAGAAGAGAUGAGCAGCAUCUCUUAAUAAAAGUUGAUGUAAUUCUGUCAAUUUCUAGCUCUGAUUUAAAUUAACUCACUGUACAGUAUUAAGUUUUAUAUAAAAUAAAUUACUUGUAUUUAUAGUUGAAUAAAAUACUCAUCUAAUUCA